AUGGCAGAGGUCUCCGCAGAUAACAGCGCUCGCUUGCCAUAUGACCAGGUCCUCGUCGAUAUCGUUAGCUACGUCUUCCACUACGAGGUGAUCAGCCCGCGAGCAUGGGAGCGUGCCAAAGUUGCUCUGUUCGACGCUUUGGGAUGUGCUUUCGAGACGCUCAAGGAGAGCCGAGAAGCUCGGGAUCUGAUUGGGCCUGUUGUUGAGGGCACCAUUGUUCCAAAUGGCUUCAGGCUACCGGGCACUUCUUUACAGCUGGAUCCUGUCAAGGGAGCGUUUGAUCUAGGGAGCUUGAUACGAUAUCUGGACCACAGCGAUGCCUUUCCGGGGGCAGAAUGGGGUCACCCUUCAGACAAUAUUGGCGCCAUACUGGCCGUCGCAGACCACCUCAGCCGUACCACCACAUUCCCACCCUUGACUAUGCGCACAGUCCUUCAAGCCCUCAUCAAAGCCUACGAAAUCCAAGGUUGCUUCCAAAUACGUAACGCUUUCAACCAGCACGGCCUCGAUCACACCAUCCUGGUCCGCAUCGCCUCUACAGCCGUCGUUGCCCAUCUCCUCGGUCUAUCACAAUCGCAAACUCUCGCCGCCCUGUCUCAUGCCUUUGUCGAUGCUGGGCCCCUACGAUCCUACCGUCAAUCGCCAAAUGCGGGACCACGCAAAGGCUGGGCAGCUGGGGAUGCCUGUAUGCGGGCUGUUCACCUUGCAUUACUCGCCAAGAAGGGGCAGCCAGGCGCACCAACUGUGCUCACAGAUCCAAAGUGGGGCUUAUACACUUCGCUUCUACAUGGCAAAGAGUUCCAGCUUCCCAAGCCCUUCGCUACCUGGGUUGUGGAAAGUGUAUUCUUCAAGAUACACGCAGCAGAAGGCCAUGCUGCUUCAGCCGUGGAAGCUGCCCUCACACUCGCCCGGCAAAUGCGCUCGAGAGAACCGCCCUUGGAUAUGUCGAUCGCAGAUGCUAUAAACCACGUCCGUGUGCGAACCCAGAAACCGGCUAUGAUCAUCAUCAACAAGCAGGGAUCACUGCACAAUGCGGCUGAUAGAGAUCACUGCAUGCAAUACAUGAUCGCUGUAAUACUCUUGAAGGGCAGCAUGAUCACGUCCGCCGACUACAGCGACAGCUCGCCUUGGGCGACUGAUUCAAGGGUUGAGGUUCUGAGGAGGAAGAUUGAGCUGGUGGAGGAUGAGCAAUUCACGGCCGAUUACCACGAUGACAAGAAACGCAGUGCGGCCAAUGCUUUACAAGCCACGCUCCUUGGCGAGGUCAUGGAAGAGGUGCUGGUGGAGUAUCCGAUGGGGCACCCGUGGCGGGAUGAUACUGCUGGCUUGGUCCGCCAGAAGUUCGAAGACAAUGUAAACGGAUUAUUCAAGGGGAGGCAGGCGGAGGAGAUCAUAGGCUUGGCGGAGUUGGGGGUGGAGGAGUUCGAAUAUAUGGGGGUGAAAGAUUUCAUGGAUACGAUGGUUCUCGCUGAGGAGAAAGAGAAAGAAAUACCCCCAGUCAACGACGCUGGAUUGAUGCAACAUACCUCCCAUGAUCUCGCCAUGGCUGAAAUCCCGCCCGUGGACGACCUGACAACCGACAUGCCCGGCUUCACACCGCAGCAAGUGGCCAGUCUGGAAAACAUGAUGAACGCCACCAUCCAUGCCGCCUUGGACGAACGACUCGGCGCCAAAACACCAAAGACCGGAACGCUCGAGCGCGCCCCUGGUGACUCAGCGGUCGAUCUCAACGACAACGACGACGCCACCCCGGUCGAUCCCAUCGAUGAGAGUCCGCCCGCCGAGAAUGCUCCCGCGGACUCUUUGACCAUCGAGAUGCCCGGCUUUACCGAGCAGCAAGUGGCGAGUUUGGAGAGGAUGCUCAAUACCACCGUCAAAGCUGCGCUGGAUGAGAGGCUUGGCCCUCGGGCGGACGUUGGGAUGGUGAACGGGGAUUCGUCCAAAGACGACGUUGAUAUGGCGGAUGAGAGUAUUUCUCCGAGGGGUUCGCUGGUCGAUCACCUUGGGGUGAACGGCGUGGAGGACGGGUCGAGAUUUGCUUGCUGA